CGCACGUAAUCGAUUGUUGUUGGAAUGUCAACUUGUGUCGUCUGCAAUUGUGGUUUCCAUAACAUACAAUUUAAAAUUUAGUGGAUAUGGCAUCUUAAUAAGUUUGUGGGUGUGAUUGCAAAAUUAAAUGAGAUGAACAUGCUGGACCACAGAAAGCUCUGAUAGUAACACUGUACUUAGCUCAGUUACACAGACAUGGAAGCACCAUGUACAGCAUGGACAGUUAUGUUGAUUGUGGUCGCGUCAGCAUCUAUAUCAGGAGAGUUCAUCAGUGACCAGCACCACCAAACAGAUGGAGCCAAGGUGAAGAAGCUUGACCUCUGGUGUUACAAGUGUGAUACAAUGGAUGAUGGUGAUCGGUGCAGUAACCUCUCGUCAGGUGAUGAGUCCAAACUGGUCUACAAAUGUCCUGAACAUCGCACUAUUUGUAUGGUAAAAAGGUAUUCGUACACAACAAGUACAGAGAACUCAACAUCCGUGCAGCGUAUGUGGUCACUGGAGCGCAACUGUACACAUCGUUGUGAGCCGGGCUGCAUCGUGAUCGGAGAACGUACCAAACUCUACGCGUGCACUGCCUGCUGUGAGCGUUCCUUGUGCAAUACAGGACGAGGCAGUGCCACGGCUCUCAGUCUCGACCAUCUUGUGUCGGUCCUAACAGUGAUAAGUGUGCUUCCCAAAUGUUUGUAGCAAUAUUUGUUUGUCUCCCAAUACUUUUAAACUCUACUAUCUACAUUUUAAACUCAAACUAGGUUUAAAAAUCUUUGUUCUUAGACUUACGCAGCAUGUCUCAUAAAUAACAUCAAAACCUUGUGUUUGAACCGCAUCAAAACACUGCUUACUCAAUAACUUCUUGAAUGCCUAAGCAAUGUUUUGACAUGAUGAGAAACGGAAGACUUUGAUGUUAGUUAGACUUAAAAAUGUAAACUUGCCAAAUAGAUGCUAGAUUAGCAAGUUUAAACAUAACAAGUUAGCAGUAGAUUUUACAAAUCUUUUUUUAAAUAAUUUAAAACUAAUCCUGGCAAAAAUGUUUAUUUAAAAAUAAAUUUUAAUCAAUAUUAAUAGAAAUAGGCUCCAAAUAAGUAUAAUUAACAAUGUAAAUGUUGAAUUUAGCUCCAGUUCACCUUCCCCGUGCGUGUAAAUGUAAUUCAGUCUGUAUUCAAUGUUACAUGUAUAAAUUAUUACACCUAGUAUUUUUGCCUAUAACAGGUGAUUAAAAACACAUUUCCUAUAUACUGAUUAAUCCAAGUCCGUAAAUACAGUGGAUAAUGAAGGGUUAAGGGAAUUGUCAAGACCAGUGGGGUGUAGCCCAGAGGGAUUUUUGUAAUAGGAAGAGGCCUAUGUGUUAACCAGGGACCCUAAGAAUGUCUGUGUAAAAUUUCAGUACAAUCAGUCCGGUAGUUUUUACGUGAUUGAGUAACACACAAUACAAACACAAAGACAGACACCAUUCGAUUUUUAUAUAAUAGUAUAAAUACAAUAUGUUUAUCAUAUUAAUUUAAAUUAAUAUAUGGUACAUGGCAAAUACUCGGUACGACUACCAUGUAUUGUAAUGUGACUCUAGGCCUUGAUUAUGAAUCUUUCUUCAUAAUCAAAGCUCUAAGUAAAUAAAAACAAAAGUGCAUCAGAAGUAUAGAUAUGCUAUAUCACACUAAGAGCCAGCAAUUGAUAAGAAUAUGAUAAGAAGUGAUAGAUGCAAUCUAAUCAUUAAAUUAUCUAAUUUAAAUUUCCAUAGAUUACACUGCAGACUAAUGUAACUUUAGUUUAUUUCAAGGUAUGCCUAACAGACACUAUAUUUUUUAUUGGAAAUGUCAGAGAAAAGAGAUAAACUCGGUUGUAUGUCUAAUGGAAUGUGUUAAGAAACAUUAGAAGUAAUACUGACUGUUAUUGUAAGACUAGUAGAUAAACUAAAACCCUCAAUCUUAAUUAAUCAACAUUAAAAAAUGUUCUUGGAAAUUAUUAUUAGUAUUUAAUGGAAAUAACUAGAUAAAUAACUUACACAUUAAAUCAAUAUUUUAAACAUGAAUAGUUUCCAAAAGCUAUCAAAAAUGAAUAAGUGUUAAAAGUAGUUCAACAAAAGCUGAUAGACCUCUGGUGUGUUUCUGAGAGAAGAUUGUACAGAAGCUGUUCAUUAUUUGGAAUCAGGAUGUUACGUUUGUAUAUUUAUCAAAUGAAUAAGUGUUAAAAGUAGUUCAACAAAAGCUGAUAGACCUCUGGUGUGUUUCUGAGAGAAGAUUGUACAGAAGCUGUUCAUUAUUUGGAAUCAGGAUGUUACGUUUGUAUAUUUAUCAAAUGAAUAAGUGUUAAAAGUAGUUCAACAAAAGCUGAUACACUAAACCUGGUGUGUUUCUGAGAGAAGAUUGUACAGAAGCUGUUCAUUAUUUAGAAUCAGGAUGUUAUGUUUGUAUAUUUAUCAAAUUUCCGGAUACAUGAUUCUUAAAAACUAUACUGAAAGUAAAGUCAGUAGUAUAAUAAGUAAUGCUAAAUUUACGGAACCAUUGAGGAAAUGAUGACUAAAGAAAGAUUUAUCAGUGAAAACCCCUACUUGUAUUAUUUAUGAUUGGACAGUUAAAAAUACGUUAUUUUAAUUAAAAUUAAUUAAAAAAUGUUAUGGUUAUGUUAAUUAAAAAUAGUUUAAUACAAGCUAAAAAAUUGGGAAAGUAACAUUUUACAAUGGUUUUGAUGAAGAAGAUGAUUUAGAACUAAUAUUAAAUCUGUAAAGAGGUAAAUCUGUAGAAAAAGCUUAAGUAAAUUUAAAACUUAAACUUAUUUAUAUAAUAGUUUGAACACGAUAGUAACUUUGAUAAUGUGUGCAUUAACUAUAACAGUAAAGUUAGUAUUUGUAUUGAGAACAUAUGUAUGUAAUUUAAAAUGUCCCAUAAUCAACAAAAGUAACUGAUAUUCUAUGUUUUCUGAAUUUUGAUUUCAAAGAAAUUAUUUUCUUUUAAAUAAUUAUGUGUAAAGUAAAAAUAAAAUUAUAACUGAAGCGUUUUUAAAAUAAGUAUUAUAGAAAGAGAGAAGAUUAAUUUUAUUUGCUAACUACUGAGAAUUUUGUUGAUUACCUUUUAAGAAUAAUAUAUCUAUAACUAAUUUUGCCUUAAAAAGAAUUACAUAAUAAAGAAUAAAAAUUAUAAUACAAAAUCAUUCGAAAAUUAAAUAUUUUAGUUCCACUCUUAAAACUAUUUUUGUACAUUUGUUAUUCAUUUUCAGUUUGUAAGAAAAUAUAAUCACAAGAAAGACACAACAUGAGCUGUGAGGUGAAUGAGGAAACUAAAGAUAUCUAUCAUAGAAGAAGUAGCAAGCGAAUGAAGGUUUUUACCCUUAUGACUCCCCCAGAGGAAUCCCCUUCAUUUUUAACUUUUACCCUUGCAUUUCAAUAAUAGUCAACAAAUUAUUAAUGCUAUUCUGACAAUAUUUGUAGCUGCUAUGCUACAUCCUGCAGUUGGAGCAAAUUUUUGUCACUGGCUAAUGAAGAUUGAACUUACGUAAUAAAAAAUUAUGUUACAUGAUAUUACAAAAUUAUAUAAUCUCUGUGGUGCAUCCAUUACUUCUUAAAUUGCACAUCUCUUUAUCAGUUUUUUCACUAUGGUCAUAGCCAGAAGUUGUAUUUUUGUAUAUAUACCCGUAAAAGGAAAAGUUAAUUUAAAAAAAGUAUGUAUAAAUUGUACCUUAAUAGAUUAUGAAAAGUUAAGAUAUAUAGAUAUCAUACUAAAACAUAGAUUAUUAAUAAACUAAGACAUUUUGAUACUGUUAUAAUAUUGUAUUUAAAAUAAUCUUUAACUUAAAUUACAUUAAUAAACAUAUUUUUAUAUAAGUAAAAAUAUAA